AUGGACCUUAGCCAACUAUUGACUCUUUUUAAGAGCCAAAAACAACCAGCAGAAGAAGAACAACAACAACAGCAAGAACAGCAGAACACGAAUAUUGCCAACUAUCAAGAUCCGAUUGAUGAUCAAGCUCGAAACGGAAUUUCUGCUGCACCACUUUCAUUACCACUAGUGGAUUCGUCCAUCAGUGUUCCUUCUGGUAUGAACUUGGGAGCAAUCGACCCUGCUCUUAUUGCAGAAGUACGACAGGAGUUCUUAUCCCAGCAAGCCCCAACACGAAUGGAUCCACAUGACCAUGAUCAGCAGCAGCAGCAACAGCAGUUCCAGUAUCAGGAUCAGGAACAGGAACAGCAAACGGAUACACUUGAUUCACUCUUGGAUUCUCUCCGGAGUGCUACAGAGAUCACACCUCAGGUGUUGGUUGGAUUAGGACGGAUGUGUAAAGAAACGGAACUAUUAGAUGUACUACGAGAGUGUCAACAGAUACAGCAUGACACCGAGCGAAACCUCAGUAGCAAACGACAAACAAUAGAAUCAAGACAUCAAAAAGCGCGAGAUGCACUAUUUGCACAAGAAUUGGUAGGAGGAACACCAGAUUAUGAGUCAUUAGAUCAGCAAACCCAGGCAGAUCUCAGGAAAAUGGAUAUGCAUAUCCUUCGAGAGAUGGAUAGUCAGCUACGAUCACAGCAAGUGAAAUUGGCAAAGUUGAAAGUGCCGUUUUUCAAGCAGACGUUUGAUCCUGCAGAAAUCGAAAUGCAACACAAGAUCUUAUCUAUCCUGUUGAACAUGGUGAAUCAGUAA